CCCUGGGGGCAACCCCACUCAGGUCCUGCCCCAAGGGGCAGAAGAGGGGACUGAUCACCCCCUACGGGCUCCUGAUCGGAAGCUGUACCUGAUUGGAGCAGUAAUUAGGGACUCAGGCGGCAGGAGGCACUGUGAUAACCUCUGGGUGCGUGUGAGCAUGAAUUCCACCUGAUUCGCUUGUGUUUCGGGUUUGCGGUUGUGGCUCCAUGUCCUAGCGGCUACAGAGUCAGGAUGGGUCCUGAUCUGCAGUUCCGUGGUGACUUCUCAGGGCUUAACGGCUGCAUCGGACUCUGACGGUACCUUCCCUCCCUGGGAGUCCAAUCCGAGUUCGGGGUUUAUACAAACCGGCCAAUUGCUAAGAGGCACCUACACUCUAGAGGGGGGUGGUCAGGCGGAUGGCUGGGUGACCAUCCUUGUUUGUCUGCGACACCGACACAGGGCGGCCACACGGGCCGGGGGACCUAACUCAGAAACCCACAAGCCAGAGAUCCCUGUGCCUCUGACGAUUGGGCCAGAAAUUCUUCGAGGAGAUAUCUAGCUUGAUUUUGUCCCCAGGCCUCCGGGCACUCCUGUCCCAGAUGCUAAACUGGCCACGAGACUGCCCCUUUUGCCAGUUCACAGAAGCCCAGGAUCUGAGUCAGGGAGACUUCCCCGAAGGCUGGGGACAGCCCCAGUUGGAAGUUCCUCUGUUGGUGACACCUGUGUUGCCACCAGCCGUCAUCCCCGUCUCCUGCUGCAUUAGCUUGGGGUAUAGGGAGGAUUGGGUUAAAGGACCCCUGAACUUUGCUCAAGAAUGACAGUUGGCCCAGGAGUAUUUCCCUGAAACCCUAGGUCCGGCUCAGUUGGAGACUUUUGCAAUAAGGCAAGUGCUUCCACCACCAUACAAAGGGCUAAGUGGGAAGUUGGCUGUUUUCAGGAGUGGCGGAAACCAUGCUCCUGGGGUCAUUACCCACAAGGUCAGAAACGGUCCCGCAAGUUUAGGCCUUGGAUUAUACCCAUGGAGGACACCAUGGGGUCAAUUAAGUCCAACCCCACAAUCCUGAACUGUUCAUCUAAGUCCAAAUCCACAAUCCUGGACUGUAUGAUUAAGAAUUUCAAAAAGGGCUUCUCAGGAGACUGUGGGACCAAAAUGACUCCAGGAAAGCCCUGCACUUUGUGCAAACUCAAAUGGCCAGCGUUCGAUGUGGGCUGGCCCCCAGAGGGCACUCUUGGUUCAUCAAAGGUCCGAGCACUGUACCAAGUAGUCCCUGGGACACCAGGACAUCCUGGUCAAUUCCCGUGCAUUGACUCUUGGCCCCAGAUUGCUGGGAUCUUGCCCCAUUGGGUCCCUUCGAGUACAUCUGAGACUGUGGGGAUGCUGAAUCCCGCCCCUUUCCUGCCUCCCGAGGCAGGCCCGCCUGACCCCCUGCGGGGAGGCUGCAGAUGAAGUCAUCAAGUCGGCCAGACCUGACGGAGCUUCCCUUCUCGAACCCAGAACUUGAGCUAUCCAUGGAUGGAAGCAGCUUCGUCCAAGGACAGUGUAGAUCGGGACAUGCUGGAACCACGACAGAGGGGUACUAACGGCGGAAGCCCUCCCGCAGGGCUGGUGGGCGCCAGUGCAGGCAUUUGAGGCGUGCUGAAAAGAGCCAGUAUCUACACCGACCCCAAGCAUGCAUGUGCCCUGCGACACGUUGCUGGGGCCGUCUGUAGGAAAAGGGGACUGCUCGCCGCCAGAGGGAAGGCAGUGAAGAACCAAGGCGUCCUCCCGGGUGGCAGGCAUCCACUGCAAAAGCCAUCAGGAGGAGAAUGACCCCCCCAGUCGGGGACAUCGACUGGCUGAUCAGGCGGCUAAGGAGGCUGCUGGCCAGUCGAUCCCUGAGGCAGAAACCAUCCCCCAAGAUCCUGUUGGUGUCAGAACUGCUCCCCCUUCUCUCCCAAUUAAACUGACAAAGAGGAUCCAUGGGCCCUGUGGGGGGGGGCACGCGGUGGUGGCUGCAGGGACAGAGACCUUAGGAAGCCUGCUAAGCCGAUAUUACUUUAUAGCCAAACUCCCCACCCUGUGCAUGCAGAAUUGUGUGUGCCCGGAAUAAUGCCAGUCAGAAACCUGGGCCCAGUCCCGGGGUACAAGCAAUGGGGACGAUGCCCUUUGAGGACCUGGAGUUGACUGAAGUCAGGGCCUGCCAGGGCUAUCCCUGGCUGCCGGGACCGUCCGCAGCUGCCGGGGCUCGUAAGCACACGUUCCGGGUGGGUAGAAGCCUUCCCCACCCACGCGAACAGAUCGCACCUGGGCAGUGGCUCAGGCUCUGCCGAGGGAGAAGAUCCGCUGCUGUGGGCUGUGCCUUACAAUCAAAUCUGACAGCCGGCCUGCUCUCUUGUCCGAAGUAACCCAGGUCUUUUUUUUUUUUUUUUUUUUUUUCCCUUCAUGUGUCUUUCUGCCUUUUCUAGGGCUGCUUCCUGCAACACAUGGCGGUUCCCAGGCUAGGGGUCCAAUCGGAGCUGUAGCUGCCAGCCUACAGCAAUGCUCACAGCAAUGCUGGAUCCUUAACCCACCGAGCGAGGCCAGGGAUCCAAUCCGCAGCCUCAUGGUUCCUAGUGGGAUUCAUUAACCACUGCACCAUGACGGGAACUCCACCCAGAUCUUGACUGAGAUCCUGGGAGUCGGGUGGAAACUCCGUACAGCUUAUAGGCCACAACGUUCAGGGAAAGGUGAGCGCGUGAACCGGACCCUUAAAACCACUCUAGCUAAGUGGUGCCAGGAGACUCAGCUACCACGGGUAGAUGUCCUGCCCUUAGCCUUACUCCGAGCCCAAGGCGCUGCCCCAGAUCCACGGGCUACACCCCGUUUGAAACUCUGUAUGGAAGGCCCCCUCCUGUAAUAGCGAAGUUGAAGGGGGAUCCCAGGCAGAAAGCCGACGUGGAGCUAUCCCGACACCUCCGGGCCGUGGGGAAAGUCCUCCAUUGCAUCACCCGGGAGACCCUGGAGAGGCUCCUGUUCCCUUAGGCAGCUGGAUCCACCCCCACCAGCCUGGGGACAUGCUGUGGGUGAAGGACUGGACAAAGGAGCUCUCCUCCAGCUGCGGUCAAAAUUGCAGGUGUCCGUGGCUCCAUCACACCAGAAUAAAGAAGGCUGCUCCCACCGCUGACACAGAUGCCUGGGACACUGCCUGGCACAGUGAGAACCCCCUCAAGGUCAAGAUAUGUAGGCGCCCACCAUCGGAAAACAAUGAGCCCUGCUCUGCCCACACCUGGAAGCUCGUUGAACUGUGCCCUGGAAGCCAGAGGAUCUCCAUGCAAACUUGAACUGACGGGGACUGUUGGUAAUUGCCAUUGCCAUUGCCAUAGCCCUCGUGUUUGGAGUGGGGCUCUGUGCCGUAACCCCCUCGGGAUGGGGACAGGGAGCCCAGCUGCCUGUCUGUGCAGUGUGUCUCCUGACGGGCAGUGUGCUAGGAUCCCUGCUCCUACCAGGUCAGCGAGCAAAAUCAAGGGACUCACAGUCCUGUGAACACUCGCCCUGCUGCUCACUCCAGGGGCGACAGGCUGGAACAGGGCUGACUCAUGCCAGGCUGCCUGGAAACCACUACCCGGCUGGCUACCGGGAAUAGAUUUCAAGUUCGAAGAGUUACAUGAGGGGCCUCCGCCGCCCCCCUGAUAAAGCUACUGGGCUGAAACUCAGCCCUCCGAGCCAAGGCCCCGGCCUGGGCCAGGUGCUGAAUGCGGGGACUGCUGGCUCUGGCUGCCCAUCCAGAAGCCCCAGCCUACUGCUGUCCCGAUGAGCGUCCUCAGUGCCGCCAGGGAAGGCAAAGCCAGUUGGAUCCAAGAACCUAGGCCGAUAGGUGUAUGCAUGCCUCUCAGGGCCCUGAGGUGCCUUCAGAGCCUUGGGAAAGUGGUUCAGGUGGGUAACCUGCCGGCGAAGGAGCAGUGUGACAGUGUCACCAAUGUCAAGGACUUAGACCCCUCCUUGAUCCCUUGGUGCAGACCCCAGACAGGCCUCUUAUUUGUGUGCGGAAAUCACACCUACCAGAGGCUCCCUGCUAACUGGACACGGCCUGCACACCACACUAGCCUUUGUCACUCCUCAAAUACAUACUGUCCCUGGUAAUCAGUCUCUUAUGGUGCCCGUGGAGGCACAUGGCAGAACCAAGAGAGCAGCACAAGUUAUCCGCUUAUUAGUUGGUCUGGGAAUUUCAGCAGGGGUGGGAGCGGGAGGAUGGCGUCCAUUGCCUGUGAUCAUCCGUUAUCUACAGGAUUCACAGAUGACAAGGAACAAGUAGCCCCUGCCCUAGUGGCCUUACAGGACCAGGUGGGCUCUGGCAGAAGUAGCCCUCCAGCACAGGAGAGGAUUGGACUUCCUGCUGAGACGGGGGCGCUUGGCCUGCUCCUCAGUGAAGGAUGUUGUGUUUACACACACAGGUCGGGAGUACUCAGAAUAGGGCCUAACACUUAAAAGAACACACAGCGAAGUGAAGAGACGAAUUGGCUGACUCCUGGUUAAGUUGGGGUAACUACUGGAGCCGGGCAUCAUGGCUCGUGGCUUUCGCUGGGCCGCUCCUGCUCUUCGUGCCCUCUCAUUUGGACCCUGUAUCCGGAGCUGUAGGGUCAAGUUUGUCUCCUCACGCCUAGAGUCCAGAAUCUAACAAGUUACACAUGGUGGUGACAUCUGGGCCGCCCUUAUAUCAGCCCCUGGGCCAAGAAGAUCAUAAAGGUUGAUGCCUUUUAGGAAUUUCAAAGAGCAUGGUGGGAGGUGGAUGUAGGGGAGAGGUCUCCUAAGAUAAAGGCCAGACGACAAAGCAGAAUCCAGCUAAGUAACUACCCCCUCCCCACAACUCCACUUCUGUAAACUUGCUUCUGCAUCAGCUACCUUGCCUGUCCUUACUCUGGUCUGUCCUUCCAAGCAUGGGCCCAGAAGAGCUAACCCAUGAAAGCCUUGUCAAACUCAUCUCUGGGGCUCAGACUCCGGAGUGGGAGCUCCUCAGAGCCCACCAGCAUCAUAAACCCGAGUUCUCCAACUCUCCGAGUGCCAGCUUGGUUUCUUGCCGGUACAAGACCCGCUAGAGCUGAUAGGCUGUGGCCCCGGGGCUGCUGGGCACCUGCCGUGACAGAAGUAGAGGCAGGUCUCGGGAUGCUAAGGAAGAGGUGGGAGUGAAUUACUGAUUUGUUUCUGAGAAGCAGUUUCAAGAGAAAGCACAUGGGGGCCUUUGUUCGCCUUUGGGAAUCAUUCUGACACGGCCCCUCAAAUGUCAGUUUUGUGAUGCCUCUGAACAUCGGAAUUCUGUUAAACUUUAGUUUGGGGCUAAUCGGACAUUUGGGGAUCCGUUUCUUGCCUCUGGAGCAGUGCCAUGCCCCUGCCGAGGAGACACAGCCUAGGAGCAGGUGGCGGAGUCCCAUCUCCCUGCUUCAACGUAGCAAGAGGCCCUCUGGCUGAGUCUCUCCCUUCCGUCGGCGAUCUAGAAAGCCGGUGGCUUUAUCCUAACUGCUGCCAGGUCACCAGUGGAAGGACGUUUGUCGCCCGUUGGUUGAUGAGGCUGUCUGCCUGCUUUGUGUUCCUAGUCUAACUCAUCUCCACAUGUCUUUCCCCUUUGAUUUGGUUAAAAAAAAAAAAAAAAAUGGUUGCAGUUAAGGAUCUCCGGUCAUCGCUUAGGCUGCUUGCAUUUUCGGCUUCUUUCGUCCUUAUUUCCCCCAAGAGGUUCUUCUAAGAAUUUUGCAGCUUAGCUUGCACUGCUCUGGGUGAGCAGUCAGUGCUGGAAAUCUGCAAAACCAGGGAAGAGGAGUCUUCACUGGGUUCUCGCCAUGUAACGGGGUGGUUGUUAUUUUCUUUCUAGGGUCACACCUGCGCAUAUGGAGGUUCCCAGGCUAGGGGUCAAAUAGGAGCUACAGCUGCCAGCCUACACCCCAGCCACAGCAUCGCAGAUCCCUGACCCACUGAGCAAGGCCAGGGAUCGAAGCCACAACCUCAUGGCUCCUAGUCGGAUUCCUCUCCCCUGCAGGAACUCCCAUGGAAUAGGUUUGAGGACAGCCCCAUGUAGACCCGUGACGCCGGAUGCGAGGACAUCUUGGUGUCGCCAUCGGGAAGGCUGUGGGCGGUUGUACCUCCUGCUGGAGUCUGUGUUCCAGUCUGAGAGCUGCUAGCUUGGCCUCUGUCCCUGAAGGCCCUUCCUGCCUCACAGGUGUGUCUUCCAGCCAAGGGGCCGCCCCCCAUCCCCCACCUUGCAGGGGGUUCUUCCAGGAGUCCAUCAGCCUGGCCGUCCUCUCUGUGAGCUCAGAAGAGACUGCCCCCGAGAUCGAUGCCAUGCCCCCGCAGCAUGUUCCCAGGCUGGGGUCUAAUUGGAGCUGCAGCUGCCAGCCCACAGCAACGCUGGAUCUGAGCCGCAUCUGUGACCUCUACGUCAGCUUGCAGCAACACUGGAUCCUUAACCCACUGAGCGAGGCCAGGGAUCGAACCCCCGUCCUCAUGGAUGCUGGUCGGGCCGUUCCUCCAGAAGUUUGGCAGCCCCACCAGCCCCCUCGCUCCCGGGGGGGGCCUUGCCCCUCCAGCCUCCGCGCUGCUCUCCGCACAGAGCUGCCGUGGCCGUGGCUGAGCGAGCCCUGGGUGGGGCGAGCAACCUCUUCGACACACACAGCGCUCCUGGCCAUGGCGCAGCGCUUCCGGCAGAACCGCAGUGAACUCAUGACCACCUGGACCUGUGGGUCUAUGACGGGGGGAGGGGGGGCCCAGCCCUGUCCCUGGAUUCCGGGGAGCAGAUGCUGCGGGCGACCUGACCGGCGACACUGUCUUCAGCUACUGCUGCAAGGCUCUGCAAGACGCUGCUGGCCUGGCGCCAGCGCUGGAAGUCCUUCCUGCACUUGGAGACCACUGAGCCGCCCUCUGGCCCUGGAUCGCCAUGGAGGAGGGCUUCCAACUGGUGUGUGAGCUGGGCACGCUGGACUGGAUCUACCACGAGCCAAGCCCAAGUGCCUGGCUCCCAAAGACAUGCCUGUGGCGGUGCCUACUGACGGCCGCGCCCUCGGAGCUGUCCCUCUCCCUGGUCAGCCUGCUGGUCAAGGGCAUGACGGUGCUGAAGAUCCAGACCAUGGCCGCCAAGCUCCUGCUGGGGCCCAACCCGAUGAACACAAAUCGUGGGCUGGCUGCUGAGCCGCGGUGUGUCCAGGGAGCGGGUGGACCGGUGAACCACCAGGGUCCUCCUGGAGCUGCCCAUCAAAGGGGCCAAGCACAGCCGGGGCUGAGGCCCCCCACGUGCUGGUGGAGGAGCAGCCCCUGCCUCCCCGGUCCUCUGACCAGGCCUGCAGGGAGGAGCUGCAGUGCACCAGGACUACGCACCCCACAAUCCAGGCCACUUUCUGCUUGGUGCUGGGAGUGGAGCAGGGGCCCAUGUCGGAGAGACACAAAGUCUUGGCCAAAGCGCCUCCUGAUCGUCCCCAGGAUAGACAGAGGGACAGCACCCCCAGCUCCAGCCAUCUCCUGCCAGGCCAGACCCUGACCACGCAUCCUGAAAACCUCGGAGAGGGUCCUUGCCCCCGCCGCCGUGGGCAUCACUGGCCUGAGCUGGUGGAGAGCAGCCAGUUGGCUGGCGUUGCUGGUUGAGGGGAGAGAGUCCGUUAAAUAUUUCAGUCUGUUACACCUUAGCCUGAUAAGCGGGGUGGGUGGGCACCCACCGUUGUGCCACACGGGCCCCCAACGCACUACAGGCCAAGCUUGAGACCCCGCAUCCCACCCCGCAAAAGCACCUUCAAGUUUGUGCCCUUGCCCUUGAGGUUUUUUCUUUAACGCGGUGGCUGUACCUGAUACUUGACUUUAGGCGUGUGCGGCGCUUGGGUUUAGUGUCCUCACUACUGCUUUUGUGAUGGUUUUUCUCUAAGUUGUUUUUUUUGUUUGUUUUUUUUGCAAUGCCCUUUUCUUGAAAUGGAAUUUUUUUGCCUUUUGCUUUCCUGGGAAAAGGGCAGCCAGUCCCUUCCAGUUUCUCUCGCUGCACGCGUGGCUGGAGUGUCUGCAUCACCAGAGUUCCAGCAUUGUGAGGAUGGACAGCCGUGGCAGGUGGUGCCGGACACCAUUAAAGAGCCCAUGUGCUGCUA